UGACGGCUCUGACAACCCUGCACCAAAGACCCCCGCCACCAAGGGAAAGACCAAGGGCAAUGGUACUGCUGGCUCUUCUGCUGGCCCCAAGUCCAAAGGAAAGGGUCGCAAGCGCAAGGUGGCCGACGAAUCGGACGAUGAUGAAGGCACCCCCCUCACUAAGAGAUUCAAGAAGGUCGCAGACAAGGAGGAAGAGCCCCAGAUCAAAGCUGAGGCCAAUGAUGAAGAUGAAGGUUAGAUCCUUUAGUGGAUUGCACCAUGGAUAGCGCCCUUCAAUACGCGCUGGACCAGUUGCCCUUUCUUCUUCACCUCCCUUUCUCAUUCUCAUGAUACUUCCCUUCCCCCCUACCCCUUCCCCCUUUCCCAUUACACCAAGACAUACCGAUGAGCAGGCAUAGCGACCUGGCAAUAAGAAGAACUACUCACAUACAAUCUGAACUCAACUUCCC